AUAAAGAGAAAGAGAGACUGGAGGGGUAGAGUUCUUUUAUGGCGGUGAGUUGCGUACUCUUUUCCCUCUCAACCUCUCCACAAUAACACCACCGAAAAAUCGUCAUCGCCGGCAGUCAGAUAACCGGCUCCGACGGGCAAAAUUGUUCGCGUAACAAACAAUCUCCGCUCCGUUUCUUUUCUUUCCGGUCGCAAAGAUAAGGCCGUGUUUGUCUGGCUUGAAAAUGAACGGUAAGAGUAAUCUCACCGGAAACGUAGGGGUUAGUAACGGAAUUUCAGAGAAUGAGUACGUGAGGAAACACCACAGACAUGAUCCUGCCGAUCAUCAGUGUAGUUCUGCUCUUGUUAAACACAUCAAAGCUCCGGUUCAUCUCGUUUGGUCUUUGGUGAGGAGGUUUGAUCAACCACAGAAGUAUAAGCCAUUCAUUAGUAGAUGCGUUGCACAGGAGAAUCUUCAGAUUGGAAGUCUAAGGGAAAUUGAUGUAAAGUCUGGACUUCCUGCUACUACAAGUACUGAAAGAUUAGAGUUUCUCGAUGAGAAUGAGCAUAUUCUUAGCAUCAGGAUUGUUGGUGGGGAUCAUAGACUUAAGAACUAUUCUUCAAUCAUUUCCCUGCAUCCAGAGAUCAUUGACGGAAGACCAGGGACUCUGGUGAUCGAGUCAUUUGUAGUAGAUGUGCCUGAUGGUAAUACCAAGGAUGAGACGUGCUAUUUCAUUGAAGCUCUUAUCAAGUGCAAUCUCAAAUCACUGGCUGAUGUUUCGGAGCGCCUUGCAAUUCAGGACCGGACUGAGCCAAUUGAUUGCAGCUAAGAAAUGUCGCGACUAGGCUGUGGAGGUGUUGAUGCUAUGGUUGUGAAGGAUGAAGCUUCCAGGGCUUGGUUGUUCUAUGUCAGAGGCACUGGAUACUGACUGGCUGUAGUGUUUUCUUCCAUCUUCCGGACAAUGUUACACACUCUUCGCUUAUGUUGUCUUCGUAAAUUUAUUUGCUGGAUUUCGCUUCUUUAUUAAGAUUUAGAACCACACCCUUAUAAAGGUUUAUCAAGCUGGUGAAUGAAAAGAGUAAAAAGAAAUGAAGAAAAACUUAGGCUAUGUUUUGUUUGUUUUUACGUCGGUGAUGUCCAGCGUUUUGUCUGUGGUGAUGACAUUAUGUUGUAUAUAUGCGUGCUGGAAGGAGGUGUAUUAUCAUUUCCGCUGUUAUUAUCCUUCAAUAGUUGUAGGUGCAGUUUAAGUAGGUUUUGAAAUGAAAAUCUAGAGUUGUGAUUACCAUUUUGUUUCAGGAAUCGAAGCUUUAUUAUACAGAGGUCUGUAAAUUAAA